AUGGUGAAGUCGUAUCAGAGGUACGAGCAAGCCGGUUGGAUGGGUGUGAUUGCAUCCGAAUCCAACUCGGUGUUCAUCGGGAACGAGACGUCCAAGAGGUUUACCGGGGAGGUCGUCACAGGCGGUUUAGAAGACAUUCUCAUCUGGGAUAUCAAGACCGGAGAGUUGGUCAAACGUCUCCAGGACGGAACGACUCCGGGGUCUUUGGACUCCUCAACACAAUCUGCGCCACCGUAUGUUGUUCGACUCGAGCACGAGCCCCGUUCGAAUAUUCUGGCUGCCGGUUACAGCGACGGUUCUAUCAAGAUUUGGGACAUGACGUCUGGGUCAGUGAUUAUCAAGUUUUCGGGACAUAAGAGUGCCAUCACAAUGCUCCAAUUUGAUCGGUCCGGUACACGGCUUGUUUCUGGAUCAAGAGACACCACGAUCAUUAUAUGGGACCUUGUUGGCGAGACUGGACUUUUCAAGUUGAAAGGCCACAAGGAUCAGAUUACAGGAAUUGCAUUAUUGAUAGAUGAAGACAACACAGACACCGACGAGAUGGAAGACUGGCUUGUGAGCACGUCGAAGGAUGGGCUGAUUAAGCUGUGGGACUUGAAGUCUCAGCAGUGCAUCGAGACACACGUUGCUCAUACUGGAGAGUGCUGGGCAUUGGGGUUGAGCUCGACCAAGGAGCUUUGUGUUACUUCUGGCAUGGACACUCAGUUGAAGGUGUGGACGAUCAACUUGACCAGCCCCGACAGAAAGCUGGUUGAACAGGGCAAUGUUACAAAACAGAGCAAGAGCCGGUGCACAGACAUUGAUUUCACCAUGACCAACCAGGGCGAGUUCUUCUACGCUUCCAACACCGACAGAACGGUUGAAAUUUUCCGUUUCAGAUCAGAAAAAGAGAUCAGCAAGGCUUCUUCUAGAAGAGAAGCCCGUUUGAAAGAAAAAGGUAUGAGUCCUGAGGAUAUCCAGCGCGCUAUGGACGAUGCUAAGAUCGACAUGUUGGUUGCACCUUUCACUACGAUCCAUUCUGACAGAUUCAAAGUCCGUUCUUGUACGUGGGGUAUCACCAACAACCGGAAGAUUGAUGUGGUGACGACUCUGACUAAUAAUGCCGUGGUUUAUCACACCGUUCCUAUUCCUGAGGUUGUUCGCAAACACAAGCCUGUUGAUAAGAUUUCCGAAGACAAGUACUCGCUGUUCAACUUGGGACACAGACAAGAUAUUCGUGCUGUUGACAUUUCCGACGACGACAAGCUGUUGGUGACGGGAUCCAACAACGAGCUGAAGGUCUGGAAUAUCAAGAACAAGUCAUGUAUUCGGUCUUUUGACAAAGUUGGGUAUAUUUUGUCUGCACGGUUUCUUCCUGGAGGCUCGUUGGUUGUCAUUGGAACCAAGGAGGGGUCCUUGAAGUUGCUGGAUCUGGCCACGUCGUCUGUUCUCCAUUCGUUGGACGAUGUUCAUGAUAGCAAAGCUGUUUGGGCAAUUGACCUUACUCCUGACGGAAAAACCAUCAUCACUGGUUCUGCCGACAAGACGGUCAAGUUCUGGGAAAUUCAAGUGGAAAAGGAGCUUGUUCCGGGAACUGAGAACAGAUACACCAAUAUUCUGCAAUUGAACCAUACCAGAACAUUGGAGGUCAGCGACGACGUUCUAAGUGUUAAGGUUUCUCCAGACUCCAAGUAUCUUGCUGUUUCGCUGUUGGACAACACCGUCAAGGUGUUUUUCUUUGACACGCUCAAGUUUUUCCUGAGUUUGUACGGACACAAGCUUCCCGUUUUGUCGAUUGACAUUUCAUUCGACUCCAAGCUGAUCAUCACCUCUUCUGCCGAUAAGAACAUCAGAAUCUGGGGACUGGACUUCGGAGACUGUCACAAGUCGAUCUUUGGACACCAGGACUCAAUUAUGAAGGUGAAGUUUGUUCCAGAGUCCAAGAACUUCUUCAGUUGUUCCAAAGACGGUCUGAUCAAGUACUGGGACGGAAUCAAGUUCGAGAACGUGCAGAAGCUGGCGGCCCACCACUCGGAGGUGUGGAGUCUGGCGGUGAGCAAUUCGGGCGAGUUUAUGGUAUCUGUUUCGCACGACCACAGUAUCAGGAUCUGGGAAGAGACGGACGACCAGGUGUUUAUCGAGGAGGAGCGCGAAAAGGAGAUGGACGAGCAGUACCAAGACGAGUUGCUGGCCUCUUUGGACGGGGACGAGCCUGUGAAGGACGAGGAGGACGGGGCUGCGAAGGUGUCGAACCAGACCAUGGAGACGCUCAAGGCGGGCGAGAAGCUGAUGGAGGCUCUGGACCUUGCUGGAAAGAGUCUGGAGGAGAAGCAGCAGUACGAGCGCGAAUUGCAGGCGUUCAAGCUGAAACGAUCUGCGCAGAAGCCCGUGGAGCCUUCUGUGAACCCUGUUUUGCAGGCUUUGAACGUUUCUGCGGAGGACUAUGUUCUGGACGUGCUUUUGAAGAUCAAGGCGUCGCAAUUGGAGGACGCCUUGGUGGUGCUACCAUUUUUCUACACGGUGCAGCUGCUGCGGUUCAUCCGCACGUGGACCUCCGGCGCCAACUUCAACAAGAACCUGACCUCGAUUUCAGUCAUCUGCCGCACGCUGUUCUUUCUGAUCCGGUCCAACUCCAUGGAGCUGAUCAGUCAGAAAGACCAGGAGUUGCGCCAAGACCUGGACCAGCUCCGCCAACAGCUGCGCAGAAUGCUGCGUGUGACAACCGCAGAGGUGGGGUACAACAUCAGCGGCCUGACGUACCUCAAGACCCAGUGGAGUAAUCAUCACAGUCACGACUUUACGGAGUCGGUCGCCGAGUCCACAGAUAAGUCUAGAAAAAGGGUGUACACUACCUUGGCGUGA